CUGCACUGAUCGGGGAAGGCUGAACUUCAACCCUCUCAAGGGGGUUUCCACAUCACUUUUCCUUGACUGGACUGAACUGGAUCGCAAACAUGCCUAUCUUGGAGAGGGAGACUGCGAGAGACCGGGAAAGUCAAGGGUUGCCAAAGGUUCCCGUCCCUCCACUGAAACAAACCCUGGACACAUACCUGAAGUGUGUGCAGCAUCUGGUGAAAGAGGAGCAGUUUAGAAAAACGAAGACCAUCGUGGAGAAGUUCGGGGCUCCUGGAGGUGUCGGAGAGAUUCUGCAGAAAAAGCUCGUGGAGAGGAGGGACAAGACAACCAACUGGGUGUACGACUACUGGCUAGAAGACAUGUACCUGAACAACAGGCUGGCUCUACCAGUCAACUCCAGCCCCGUCAUGGUGUUUCCUAAACAGACGUUCAGGGAUCACGCUGAUGCACUCAGAUUUGCUGCUCGUCUCAUCAGGGGAGUGCUGGAGUAUAAGGCUCUCAUUGAUGCGCGAGCACUGCCGGUGGAUUUUGCCCGGGGUCAGCUUGCUGGGACUCCUCUCUGCAUGGAGCAGUACUACCGCCUCUUUACCUCCUACCGAUUCCCGGGGCUAAAGACAGACCUGCUGAAGGUCCAGAUGAACACAGCCUCCUCGGCGCCUGAUCACAUGAUUGUUGCGUGCAAGAACCAGUUUUUCGUGUUGGACAUCAUCGCAAAUGGCAAGCAGCUCAAUGAAGCGGAGAUUUUAUCACAGCUGGAGAAGAUCAUGAAAAUGUCUGAAAACGCAGAAGAGAGACUCCCUCCGAUCGGUAUACUGACGUCUGAUGGGAGAACUGAAUGGGCGCAAGCCAGAGAAGCACUGAUAAAAGAUCAAACAAACAAGGACUCUCUGGCUUUGAUCGAGAGCUGUAUAUGUGUCAUAUGUCUGGAUGAGCCCAGCAGGCUGGAGGCCAGCGAUACAAACCGAGCUCUAAUGAUGCUACAUGGAGGCGGGCGUGAAAAAAAUGGUGCAAACCGCUGGUAUGAUAAGUCAAUGCAGUUUGUUAUAGGAAUGAACGGGAUUUGUGGAGUAGUGUGUGAGCAUUCCCCGUUUGAAGGGAUCGUCAUGGUGCAGUGCUCAGAAUACCUCAUGAAAUAUGUAACAGGAAACCCGUCCAAGACCGCUGCUUCCUCUUCCUUGAGAGAACUUUCCCCUCCGAGGAGGCUGCGGUGGAAAUGCAACUCAAACAUCCAAGGACUCCUGACAGCAUCUGGAGACAGACUUCAGAGACUGGUGAACAAUCUUGACAUGGAUGUAUUCGAUUUUAAAGCUUAUGGAAAAGAGUUCAUCAAGAAACAGAAGAUGAGUCCAGAUGCCUUCAUACAAGUCGCCUUACAGCUUGCAUUUUACAAGUGCAGCGGGAGACUCGUUUCUACUUACGAAAGUGCGUCCAUUCGGCGUUUCCAGGAAGGCAGAGUGGAUAACAUUCGCUCGGCGACCGCCGAAGCCCUGGCCUUCGUGAAAUCGAUGACAGAUGAGAGGGUAACUUUCACCGACUCUGAGAAAAUGAAACGACUGAGGGACGCAAUAAAUGCCCAGACAAAUUAUACAGUUGCGGCUAUUACAGGGAUGGCGAUGGACAAUCAUCUCCUCGGGCUCCUGAGGAUUUCAGCAGAGCUCCGCAUGGAGAAGCCAGAUAUCUUCUGUGAUGAAACAUACCGGGCGAGUAACCACUUCAUCCUCUCCACCAGCCAGGUUCCUACCACAGUGGAAAUGUUCUGCUGCUAUGGCCCUGUGGUGCCAAAUGGUUACGGCGCCUGCUACAAUCCCCAGUCCGACCACAUCCUCUUCUGCGUGUCCAGCUUCUGGGAGAACACGGAGACGAGCUCCACCGUUUUCGUCAAAGCCCUGAACGAGGGCCUGCUGGAAAUCAGGGACCUGUGCAAUCGUAGCAAUGCUGAGGCGAGCAAACUGGCCGAAAGUAGCCGAGGAGCCAGCCAGCCUCACAAAUCAGGGAAGUAAAGCCAUACUGAGUGAGCAGGCCCACUUGACUGCUCCUCUCAGUGCUCUUAGACUUAGAUUUUAACUCUAGACUCAGUAGCUAAGAUGCCUUUAUGUGUCGUCGUUUCAAUAUUGUUCCUUUUGCAACCAAAUGCAAAGCCUUAAAGUUCACAUAUAACUACAUAUAGUAUGUAAAUAUUGGAAAAAUAUGAAUGAUAACUAUGGAAUAACUUUUAUUUUGGAUCCAAAAGAUUUCAGGUCCAACAAUGAGCCUGCUUGACUUGGUAGACUGUGGUUAACUAGUCUGCUGCCUUUAGGAAACGGAAGCCAUGUGUUGCUGUGUGAGGGUGAAUAUUUAUGUCAGUUAGUAACUCAGUCAUCUAAAAGUGUAUCUUACAUGCAUAGACAAGUGUGUUGAAGUGAAUUAUAACAAUCAUAACACCCUGUAAAUGUAACCCUGCCAACCUCACUUUGCGUGCACCAGUGUGUGAAAAGUUAUGCUGUAACAUGUAUUUAAAUGUGAU